UUAAAAACAUCAAUUUUUUCAAAAACAUAUUUUUUAUUGCAAAUAUUUCAGUGAUUAAACCAAAAUAGCAUUAUUUUUAAAAGAAUUUAAAGCCACUAAUUUAACUUUGUUUUGGAAUGUCAGUAUACAAAUCCACAAACGAACGAUAUUUGCGAUAGAGCAUUUAAAACAAAAACCAAACUGUAUUAAUCACGUCUGAUUUAUUAGAAAUUUUGUAUUAAUUGUAUUAAUAAAAUAGGCACCGAGGUAGAAUGUCACAUGAAGGGGUCUGGAUGGGUUUUGGAUAAAACAGAUGGUUUGCUAAUACGAAUAAAUAGAUAUAGACCACUUAGAGGAUCCGGGUACAUAAAUAUACCAAAACGUAUAUCCUUAACAAAAUCCAUAAUAAAUGUUAAUAACGCAGGUGAUUUUUGUUUUAAAUAUUCUAUACUCUCUAAAUUCGUGAGAACACAUCCAGGAAGAGUCUCGUCUUAUUCUAAUAUGCUGAAUCAUUAUGACUUUUCCUGCAUUAACUGUCCGACACCGUUAAAAGACAUAUAUGUUUUUGAGAAGGUUAAUAACAUCUCGAUAAAUGUAUUCGGUCUUGAAUCAAGACUCUCGAUGAGAAAAAUUAUGUUUAUCCUCUCAAAAUUGUCGAUUGUUAGUUAGAAGACAACAGGG